AUUACAAAGAAGCGCGGGGUUCAAAAUCCGUCAGAAUUGGUCAAAUGUGUCUGGACUCAAGUAAUGUAUAUUCGAAGACGGAAUUAUGAACAUGGAAGAAUAAAAAGAAACAAUCGCAGAAACAAAUCGAACGAAUCGCUUCAUUUUAUACUCGGAUGCAAAUAUUAGUUCCAAAUUAUUAAGUACUGGUUAGAAGAGCCCUGAAAGUUGCAUGAUCUGUUCUAGAAACUAAAGGGAUUCAAGUUCGACUAAUUUGAGGGAUCUGGAAGAAAACAUGUAAUCCGUUUUUCUAUUCUGUAGCACUAGCUUCAGAGUACUCUGAAGUUCUGUCAGAUCUGAACUUGUUCAAGUUGUAGAUGAUUCUAAUGAGUACCGAUAAUUUAGUGAAUCCCUAAAGCGUCGCUAAAUCCACUACCUUCUAAAAGACAAAUAUCUGAUGCGUUUGUUCUGGGCUUCGAAUCGUUUGUUAGUCCUUUCUCUAAUUCAAGGGGGGAGGCGAUGUACGUAAGAAAUCAGAUAAAAAACUCUCAUGAUUAAGCCGAUCGAAGUGAAUCCUGGAGUUCUAAUGUUCUUAAUGGCUGGGAAGAGUUUCCGUCAAAGUCGAUAUAUGGUCAGGUGUCAUUAACUAAAAUACUUGUAUUGCUUAUUGUAGAAGCUUGUAGCUGAAAUUCAUUCACUGUCGUAUAGUUUGCCGUGAGUGAGAAUCCAUAACUUAAAUCGUAGUGCUGUGUAGUAAGAGUACUGUAAUAGUAAACGUGAUUCCCGAAAUUUUAGAUUUGGAACCUAUUUUAAACUUCUGUUGGCUUGGGCAAGCAUAAUAAUGCUGGACUUUUUUACGGAUCUUCGUUUUGAAUUUAUUUGGUCUUGUUGGCUAAUGGUUCGAACAGUUAAUGAUUCAUUCAGAUAUCAGGGUCUGGCAUUUGCUCUGUUCUUUACAUUCACUGCAAUCAUGGCUGAUUUGCUUUGUUACUUCCUUGUACCUACUACAUUGAUCUACCUGCUUGGUAGUUCAUGUGUAUGGAUACAUCUGUUAUGGCAAACAGAUCGUGGUGUGUAUAUCCCAACAGUUGCAUUAUGUUUUUUAUUCUUCUAUGUCGAGGUUGCUGUAAGAUUCCGUGAUCCAAAAAGUCAGCCGCUGGGUAUAGAUCUCUGCAGACCUUUUGCAGCUCAUUGCAUUGGCUAUCCCGUUGUAACUUUGGGUUUCAGUUUAAAGAGCAUGAUCUCACAUCAUUUUCGUUUGAGAAGACAAAAGUUUGUGGAAGCACAAAAUAUAACGUUUUUUUCAAUUCUGGAAGAGGCAUUACCAAAGGAACUUUGGUGCUAUUUAAAAUCAGACACCAUUCCUAAAUCUAAACAUUCGAAUAUGGUUUGUGAAAAUAACUGUUCAACACUGGCUAUUUCUUCUCCCACAUCCACUGUGCCAAAUUUAACUUCAUCUGGAAAUAUAUCUGAAUUAAAUAGAGUUAACCCGAUUCAUUCCAGAGAUAAAGAAAUUCAUCCUGCCUCAAGUGUUAAUAAGAAGAAUAUGUCUCUGAAUCAUCCCCGUACAACACGCCUCGUCUAUUCAUCUACUCGUGGUGAUAAUUGUACGGAUCUUUCUCUAUGUUCAAAUGAUAGUAGUGUUUCACAAGAAUGUACAUUUCGGUUAGGAAACGAUGAACCAGUGAAUAACCAUACUUCUGUACCAUCAUCACUUUCAGAGCAGCCUGAAUCGUAUGUGGCCGUCUCUCUCGCUCAAACGAUCAUUGUAAAGGUUCCAUCUGUCCCUAACUCUGUUGUUCCGGAUACUGUUUCUGCUGACAAUCAUAUAGAGAGGGACACUGAUAUGAAGGAGGAUAAAUUAGUUCACAAAAAAUCCACGUCACUACUUGCUUCAGUUACAUCUGGUUUAUCAACUUCAACUUGUUCUAAUUCAACUAGUAAUAAUAGUAGAGCCAAAUUGAACUGUACACCAUCAAAUUCAAAAUCUUGUGAAACAAAACAAUCACCUCCAUCAAUCAAUAUUGCUUCAAAUAAAACAACUCUUUCUAAUAAUUCGAAUGUAAGUUCAGCUUCUUCUGGGGCUGCUGCUAGUAGUAGAUCCAAUACAUGCGGUUCAACCUCAUUAUCAACUGGUUGUAAAUCAGGCGGUAAAAAUGCUAACAAGGAUGAGUAUACUUUAAAACUAGAAGCUGAGGCUAGAAAUUUAAAAUCGGAAAUCCAGUCUUUACGUAGUUCAGAAAUUCAGUUACGUGGUCAAGUUCAGCAGUUACUUGCUGCUGAACGAACAUAUCGCUCUGAAAGUUCUCAAGCUCAGCAAGAAUCUGAAAGUUUGCAAGCCAAGCUCAAUCAAUUGACUCAACGCCUUCAGGCGGAUCGUGCCAGUCUACAGGCAGCUGAGAAACGUCUCACUGAAGAGCGUAAAUAUCGUUUGCUUCUCGAACAGCAGUUCAAACAGCAAUCUGGUAAACAAAUAGAAGCAAGCUCCUCAGAAUCAACAUCUAACGAACCAGUUAUUUCUAAAACCACAGAUUCCAAAGCUUCAAUGACUGAAUCUCGAAGUACUUCAUUAAAUUCCUGUGAUCCCAUAUGCGUUGAAGCAUGCAAAAACAAUGAAUUAUGCGCAAAACGAAGGCAGGAACUAGAAUUAGAAUUGCAAAAUCUUACAAAAGCUUUAACUAUUAAAAAUAACCAACUUACAGCACUGAACUCUGAACGUUUUUCACAUGGUGGAUUAAGUGAAUCCAAUGAUAAGACAUGGAAGAAGCAAACUAAAACUGAACGAACAAAACAAUCUAAUUCUGUGGAACAAAACUACAAUAUGAGCAAACGGCGGCAAAAGCAUGAAAUAACUGAGACUGAAUUAAGUGAUCUUGCCUCUCGUGUAAACUCUUUGCAAGAAGAAAAUCAACGUCUGACAGACACCUUAAAAGAGGAAGACAAAAUGAAACAGGAGCUUAUGACGGCUUACCAUUCUUCCCUAAAAGAGAUAACAGAAUUAAAUGCUACACUUACAAAGAAGGAGUACCAAAUCGUCGAACUUAACAAGCGCUUGAAUUGCCUUACUCCAAAUCUCUGUGAGUAUGUAAGCAGAAUGAAUGCUUCAACAUCGAAUUGUGCUAAAGUUUCAAACAUCUCAAUCCCUUUGGAUGGCAUUCCUAACGAAGAAUGUGUAAUUAACUCAUAUUCUGUCACAGAUACUUCACAGAUGUACACAAACUUUAACAAAACACAAAUAGAUGAGCACAACCAUAUAGACAGAAUUGUUUCUAAAACUGGGUCGACAAACAGAAUGAAUUCUUAUAAUCAGUCCUACUCCUUGACUCCAUAUGAAACAUCUGCGCCAUUGAAUAAUCUAACAAAUCAAAAGUCAAGCAUUUAUUUUGUUGAUCCUUGUGCCAAAUCAAAGCCUUUCUUCACAUCCCCCUUUCCUGUUACUGAUAGAAAAUUUCAUGGAAUUUCUGAAAUAAAUAAUUCCACUAAUCUUAAUAAUUUGGACUAUUUCGGUCAUCUUACUUCGUCGGAAGAGGUUAUUCCAUCGUCGUCGUCACUAACCAAUACUGGACUAGGUUAUCAAACAAGUCUAAAUGACCAUUGUCACAUAAAUAAUAGAAUGCAUUUUCGUUCGGAUAAACUACCUAAUUCAAACGCCUUUCAUCUCAGUCAUUUCGAAACCCUUGGUAUGAAAUGUAUGAAUGGAGGAUACACGUCAUAUGAUAAUGCUGUUUUAAAUAGAGUUUUACCAACCAGAUCUAUGCCGUUGUGUAGUACCAGACCAAUGACUGUCGGGAAUUCAGCCCAAGCUUCGUCACCCCCUCCUUUGUUUGUUCCACCUCCCGGCCUCUUACAGGGUGAUAUUGCUUCUAGUGUUUUGCAUUAUUCACACUCUAUUAAUGGAACAUUAUCAUUGCCAUCUUUAGAAGUGGUUGCAAAUUCGUCAGUUUGUGUCACUGAGUCCAUGUCAACAACCCCAACUGCAGUUAGUUCAUAUAGUCCUCGGAUUGUAGCUGACUCAUAUUCCACAGAUCCAGUGCAUACAGUUGGUCACCAGGAAGAACUAUCAUCUCAAUCGUACAGUAGUUUGAAUUUUAAUAGUUCAGUAUGUGAUAGCUUUACUAAUCUCAACCCACAUUCAAUAUUCAUGACAUCUAAUGAACCUAGUUGUUUUCAAUUCGGGAUGAGAAGUUCCACUGAUGAUAAGCCCAACUCUUUUGAUUUCACUACAUUUGGUCCCGUUGGGUCAUCAUCACCAGCCGGUACUUUCAUCCACUCAAAUUUAAAUAGUUCUAACUGCAAUAGUUCUAUCUUGUCAAAUUUAACUUCAACAGGUUUACAGAGUAGACAAGUGUGUUUAGAUUCACAAAAUACUGAUACCUUAAGGUUUCCUAUGAUGUCUCCAUCAGUUUCGCAUUCAGAUGCCAUCUCAAAUUCAUCUACGAUGUAGUAGCGAUCAGACAUUAUAAGAACUGAGUUGUUUUUGUCUUAUCGUAUGUUUACAUCAAAAAUCUUAUUUUGCUGUAUUUCCGUUAUUAAUUUUUAUCCGGACAGCAGUGUGGAAAGAAAACUAAGUUUUAUUAACUGUUUAAGAGCUUUUCGAAACUCGUGAUUCGUCUUACGGGGACCCAACUUUGCAUUUUGAUAACCUUCAGAGAGUUUGACCUUUUUUCUGGAGUUUAUGUACCCAAAUUUUAUUGUUACUUUACUAUUACAACUCUUGAUAUAUUUUUUGCGUUAUUAUAUCCUAAUCGGUUAACAUAACAGCAGAAUCUGCUUUAAAUGGUUUGUCUCAGCUGCCUAUUUGUCUCUCUUCUAAGAUUUGUCUUCUAGACCUUUCUAAUCACUUUCUUUAAUAUCUUCAUAUGACUUAUGCUAUUUCUUUUGUUUUCCGAACUAAGUAUUAUGGUCUAGUCGUUGCUUUUUCUUGUUAUUCUUUUUUAUGGUUUUGUUCCUACCUUCCCUUUUUUAAAUGUGUUGCUUAACGCUUUGUAGUCGAUACUAAAAUUGUGGUCUUUGUUUUGUAUUUACGACUUAUGCACACUUUUCCAACUCAUCUUUUUUGUUCAUACGUUUAAGAGUAUCUCAAUGGUUGGCUAGUUAUCUUCUUUUCCUGUUUCUUAUCUUUCAUGUCCAGUUUACAUUCUACUGUGCAGCAUGAACUUUGUUUCUUUAACCAUGAUAAAAUUAUUGAAAAAUAACAAAAUUUAUGUGAGACGAAACAGGC